AUGCCAGUAAAUAAAGCAGUCCCCGACGCGGAUCAAUACUAUCCACUCAACGAGCCACCGAUCGGCGUUACUUACCCGGAAGACGUGUAUCCGCAGAAUGCCAAGUUGCCUGUGCUGUUUCAGCCGCUGACACUGAGGGGCACCACCUUCAAGAAUCGCAUCUUUGUGUCGCCUAUGUGCCAAUACAGCUCGGAUAACGGGCAUGCUACGGACUGGCAUAUGGUACACAUCGGUGGCUUUGCCACCCGCGGUGCGGGGGCCGUUUGCAUGGAAGCUCAUGCUAUCGUGCCUGAGGGACGGAUCUCUCCGCAGGAUGCCGGUAUCUAUACCGAUAGCCAGAUCCCUCCGCUCCAGCGAAUCGUCAAGUUUGCACACGCACAACAGACCCUUAUAGGCGUACAGCUCUCUCAUGCGGGGAGAAAGUCGUCAACGAUCGCUACAUGGCUGUACGCAGACCAAGCAGGGAGGGCCAAAGCAGACUCAUGGGUCGCCUCGAGGGAGGACGGUGGCUGGCCAGAUGAAGUAUAUUCUGCGAGCGACGUUCCAUUUUCUCCGUUGCAUCCCAACCCGAAGCCAAUGGACAAAGCGCAUCUGCAGUACGUAGAAGACGCCUGGCUCAAAGCCAUAGAGCGCUGCAAGGCCGUCGGCUACGACUUUAUCGAGAUUCACGCCGCUCAUGGCUACCUCAUCCAUCAAUUCCUUUCCCCCCUCUCCAACACCCGUACAGACGCGUACGGCGGGCCUUCCCUUAACAAUCGCAUGCGUUGGCCUCUGCGUCUUCUUACACGAAUCCGCGCAGCGUGGGACAAGCCGCUCUUCAUCCGCAUCAGCGCGACCGACUGGAUGGAGGGGCCCGAGCGCGGCGAGGACGGUGAAUGGCGGCAAUGGGGGCUGCAGCAAUCGAAGUUCUUCGUCGGUAAACUGCUGAAGAUCGGCGUAGACCUCAUUGAUUGCAGCACUGGUGGGCUGUACGUGCACCAGAAAAUUCCGAUAGGGCCCGGAUACCAGGUACCCUUUGCCGAGGAGCUGAAGAAAGCCUACCCUGACUUGCCGGUCGGCGCGGUGGGACUCAUAACGGAUCCUCACCAGGCCGAGUCAUAUCUCAGCGAAGGGAAGGCCGACGUCGUAUUCCUUGCGCGGGAGCUCAUUCGCAACCCUCACUGGCCGAUGCUUGCCGCAGAAAGGCUGGGUGUCGCUGUCAAGCCUGCGAACCAGUACGAGCGCGGCUGGACGCGUAUGCUGAAACCUGCAUCCAGACAUUAG